UUUGGCAGGCUAAGAAGGACUGCGGCUGCCAACUCCUCGCUUUUUGCACUUGUCAGAUGCGGACGGGACUGAGGCCGGCCGGGAUCAAGACACCCAAAGCAAGACCGGGCGGAGAGUUACUUCCAAGCCAGCCGGCAAGGCGGGUCCCCCGGGAGGAACAGGAUGCAGCCCCACCUGGCGCUGAUGUGCUUUGUAUUCGGGGGCUUUCUGCCGGCGUCGGCUCGCCCAGAGCCCAGGAGGCGGCAGCAGAUGGACCCAGGGCGGUGUGAGCUGCCCCGAUCGCAAAAAGACUUGAACUCUUUCCUCUGGACAAUCCAGAGGGACCCUCCUGCCUAUCUGUUUGGUACCAUCCAUGUGCCUUACACGCGCGUGUGGGAUUUUGUCCCUGAAAACUCCAAGUCUGCUUUCCAAGCCAGCUCCAAUGUGUACUUUGAGCUGGACCUCACUGAUCCCUACACCAUCUCAGGCCUGGCCAGCUGUCAACUGCUACCCCAUGGGGAAAACCUGCAAGAUGUGCUUCCUCGGGAUCUUUACCACCGCCUCAAGCGCCACCUUGAGUAUGUCAAGCUGAUGCUCCCUCACUGGAUGACCCCAGAUCAACGGGGCAAAGGUCUCUAUGCUGAUUACCUCUUCAAUGCCAUUGCUGGAAACUGGGAGCGCAAAAGACCUGUCUGGGUGAUGCUAAUGGUCAACUCCCUGACGGAGACAGACAUCCGUUCCAGGGGGGUGCCAGUCCUGGACCUUUACCUGGCCCAGGAGGCUGAGAGAAUGAAGAAAAGGACAGGAGCUGUGGAGAGGGUGGAAGAGCAAUGCCAUCCUUUGAAUGGGCUAAACUUCUCCCAGGUGCUGUUUGCUUUGAAUCAAACGUUGUUGCAACAUGAAAGUCUCCGAGCAGGCAGCUUGCAGGCCCCAUAUACCACUGAAGAUCUCAUCAAGCACUACAACUGUGGAGACCUCAAUGCUGUCAUAUUCAAUCAUGAUACUUCACAGCUCCCUAACUUCAUCAAUACAACUCUUCCUCCACACGAGCAGGUUACAGCACAAGAGAUUGACAGCUACUUCCGACAGGAACUCAUAUACAAGAGGAAUGAGAGAAUGGGGAAAAGAGUGAUGACUCUUUUAAGAGAGAAGACGGACAAGAGUUUCUUCUUUGCCUUUGGAGCAGGUCACUUCCUGGGUAACAACACUGUUAUUGAUGUGCUGAGACAAGCUGGAUUUGAAGUGGAGCAUAUACCAGCAGGACAAGCAGUUGAAAAGUCCAAGAUUAACAUCAAUCCACCUUCCAGGGACUCCUCACCAACAGUGGCACCUGCUCUCCAUUUUUUGGAACAUGUGCCACCAUCUACUUCUUCUAUGAUUCCUCAGUCCAGUGAGGAAGACAGCCUGCCUCCACACCUUCUACUGCCAGACAGCAUCAGUCAACUGGAGGAGUUUGGACGGCAGAAGAAAUGGCAUAAGAAGCAAUACAAAAACCAUCGCCAAAGACAGUUCAAUGAUCUCUGGGUCCGGAUAGAAGAUGGCACAACGACGAUGCCCUCUCAUCUCAGGAUAACAAAUGGUUACAUCUCAGUCAACCCAUCCAUUUGGUUUUCAAACCAUCUGGACCAGCAGCCAGACCUCACAUUGCGCCAUCAUCUCAAAAGCUCAGCCAUAAGCAGCACCAGAGUAUCACUUUUAACUGCUUCUGUCUGUGUGGCAAUGGCAUCUUUUCUGUCCAACCUAUUGAAUCCUUCCUGACCAAAAUGAGGAUUCUUAAGUGCAAUAUCCAAAAGAGAGAAGAAGAAAGAGAGAUGACUUUUCAGCAGCCAACAAAUGUUUUCAAUGAAUGGUUUCACCUGGGCCUUGAAAGCAAAGGAAUGAUAGCACCUCUUCUAGCAAGAGGUAUAUAUCUCUCUUACCCAGAUAUGAUUUUAAAACUCUAAAGCUUUAUUUUGUACACUGACUUACAUCUUCUUUUUGUAGAAGGAUCUUUAUUUCCCAUACUGCUAUGGGGUUUUGUAAAAUAUAUGUGUUCAUACAAAAAGAAAGAAAAAAAUAGUGUAUUUAUUCAACUGGUAAACUUAUUUUUGUUGUUGCAAAAUCUUAAUAUCUUUGUUCAACAGUAGUGAGAAAGGAUAAAUUAAUAUUUUAUAUAUUCCUUUUCAACUAAUAAUAGUUGGAUUUCAUAAUUCGGUAAAGUAGCAUAAUACUGUGGGCUUUUCAAUUCAGAAUUCUUUCCUAAAUCACAAUGUCAAGGGCUCUUCUUAAAUCUUAAACAAUGUGGGAUGAAAUUGUGAGAUUUCAACUUUCCACUUUUAUUUGUAGUUCUCAUAGCGGCAGCAACACUAAGAAAAGGAAAGGGGGCGGGACAUUCAUAUGACUCCAGAGAAGAAAUGGGAAUGUUGGUCAAUAAUGAGGGCCAGAAGACUAUAGUUAAUUUGUUGUAAGGUGGUAGGUGCCUAAAUAUCACUCUUGGACAUGUUACCCUUCUGGAAUGUGUGUCUGGUGUUGUCCCCAAAUGUGGGGGGAAAUUGCAUCUGCCCUGAAAUGGGCUUGGAAAUAAUGAAAUGAAUUUUUUUCCCCUAUUUGCUUUCUGACUUCUGAAACAUUGGCACAUAUCAUAUCACUUCAUGAUUUAUGUGGAAAUAUGUUUUCUUUAAAAAUGAAAUGAAAACUGGGAUUAUUGACAGAAACCAGAAUUGACUAUGGACAUUCACAUGGAAUGCCAACCCAUGGUCUGGCGCUACAUGAAUAAGCGUUGUACUUCUGAGUUCUUUCCUCCCCCUGCCUUUCCCAUCAUGUAUUUGGAUUCAUUUAUAUCAUUCAUCUUUAGCACAGACUACAGUUUUCAUUUUCACUUCUUAAAAUAGUACCAAACCAUGAUCUGGCGUUGCACCUAAUCCAGACCUAUAUGAAAGGGUCCAGCAAGCCUUAUGGCCCCUAAUCCUGCCCUAAAAUCUCACUUUAAAGAAACAAAAUCAGUUGCUCUAAUUCAACAUUCAUAUGUGGAAGAAGGCUUCUGUGCAUAGUUGCCUCAUUGGAUAUGCAGAUCAUUAUGGUAUAAUUUUUUUAAAAAAUACCUGCAUGCAUGAUUAUCCUUUAUGUAUUUCUUUGUCCCCUUAUAGGGGAUCACAUCCCACAAUAGAUAGCAGACAUAAGCACUCUUCAGGCAUUAUAUUACUGUGUACACUCUCAGCUAGGGAUAUGCAUGAAUCGAGGUCUGUGCUCAGAUUCGGCACUUUUAAAGGUGAGAGCAGGUCCUUAGCUAGGGAUGUGCAUGGAACAGUGGUGGGGUGGCUUGACGCCAGGGGGUGCCACUUUAAGG